ACUCCACUCAGUGCUUUCGCGUCCCGGCUGUGAGGCGCCUCAGCCGUCCCUGGUCCCUGUGGGUCCCUCCGAAGAACAGGCAACCUCUGAACCUCUGGGCGCCGCCGGUGGCUCCUCACCUUCACAACUGGCCGGCCUUUGGAGGGCAAAGGCAGAGAUUCCCGGCGGGCGAGGCAAGGAGGGAAAGUAGCCAGUCAUGUCGCACGCAAUGUAUAAUAAAAUGUGGCGCCAGACCCAAGAAGCCCUCAACUCUUUGCUUGAUAAAGAAUCUCAGAAUGUGAUAGAGCCACAGAAAAACCAAGUCUUCAUCUUCCAAAUGCUCGCCACCUUCUAUAUCAAGUACGUGCAGAUAUUCAGGAACCUGGACAAUGUCUAUGACCAGAUCGUCCAUCCACAGAAGCGGAUACUGAUCCGGAAGAUACUGGACAGCGUGAUGGGCCGCAUCCUGGAGCUGAAGAACGACAUGGUUGAAUUGGAACUAACUGAGUUCCAUUAUUUUGAUGAUAUCUUGCAGGACUUGAAGCUGGCUCCCCAGCAAUUGGACAUCCCCAUCCCCAGGUACUUUCUGAGGGAGAAGUUAGAAGCCAUAAAAGGAAGAGAGAAGAUGCUUGCACAGAUACUAGCAGACAGCGGAUUGGAUGUGUCUGACAUGAAAACCACCGUGAAGCCAGUGCCCGUGGAAGAGGCUGUUAAACUGAUCCAGAUUGCGGAACGCGCCCGGCAAGGUCGCCUACGAGCGCUGUUUAUGAAGCAGAUCUAUCUUCAGGAGUACCGAGCAAAGCAGGCCCGACUGCUGGGUGAACAAGUGGCAGACGCUGGUGCGGCCGCGCUGCGGAUUCAAAAGGUGUGGCGAGGUUUCCAUCAGUGCAAGAAGACGGAGAAGGAGCGAGAAGAGGAGAUGGUGUUCCUGGGAAUGAACCCCCCUCCUCGCUUUGAUGAAGUGAGCCCUACGAUCCUGCAGGCCGAGAAGGUGGACCUUCUGCGGAUUGACAUGCAGGUGAAGCAUGAGGAGCGCUACCAGGAUGCCCUGGUCACGAUCAAGAACGACCUGAGGCUGAUCGAAGGCCCAGACAUCAAGGAGAACCUUCAGGACCAGAUCCGGCACUGGUUCAUAGAAUGCAGGAAUUUGACUGGCACCUUUCCUAACUACCCUGAUGUAGAGGACGGCGGCUCAGCUGUUAUUUUUUCCAACAAGACCCCAGAACAGGUUAUUGAAGAUAUCCUCACAAACCAAGAUGAUGAGGAAAAGAAUAAAAAGAAAAAGAAGAACAAGGAAAAGAAGAAACCCAAAGAGAAGGAAAAGAAAGGAGCAAAGGAAAAGCCCAAGGAAGAAGAUGAGGAGUGGAAAAUGUCACCCAGCGCUUUCCUUCAGUCUCUGCAGGAAGGAAACAACUUAUACAAAGACAUGUGGAUGAAUAAAGACGAAUCUUGGAAUUUCCUUCAGGAUUAUGACCCAGAACUGAUCAAACAGGAGAAGCGGAAGGAAUUAGAGGCAGAGAUCAGAGUGCAGGUUGACGAGUUGAUGAGACAGGAACUAAAAAACUUAAAACUAGCCGUGAACAAAGAGAAGGAACUUCCAGUCAGAGAAGGAAGAAAGAAAGGGAAGCAGAAAGGAGGAAAAGGCAAAAAAGGGAAGAAAGGGAAGAAAGACAAGGACCUGACUGCUGACAGGACCAUCGAAUCUCUGUACAAGGAGCUGGUGGAGAAGGGGCUGCUGAUCCAGGCCCUGAAGGUCAACCUCUCUGAUUACAUUGGUGAGUACAGCUACCUGGGGACCACGCUGCGCCACCUGGCCAUAGAGCCCAUGCCCUCGCUCCUGGACGUGCGGCAGCUCAUCACCUUGUACGGGAUCUUGCCGCUAGGCUCUGCGACAGUGCACGAGAAAGCCCCACUGGUGAAAUCACUGCUGUUGGUCGGGCCAUCCGGUGUAGGAAAGAAGAUGUUGGUACACGCCAUCUGCACCGAGACAGGAGCCAACCUCUUCAACCUGUCCUCGGCCAAUACCGCUGGGAAGUACCCUGGCAAGAGCGGACUCCAGAUGAUGCUGCAUGUCGUCUUCAAGGUGGCUCGACAGCUUCAGCCAUCCGUGGUUUGGAUUGAAGACACAGAGAAAACCUUCUACAAAAAAGUACCCAACGCUGAAAAGCAGAAUGAACCCAAACGCCUGAAAAAGCAGCUUCCCAAACUCCUGAAACUCUUGCAGCCAGACGACAGGAUUCUGAUUGUGGGGACAACGCAGCGUCCUUUCGAUGCAGAACUCCAAUCUUUUUGCAAAGUUUAUGAGAAAAUUAUUUUGGUUCCCAGACCAGACUAUGCUUCCAGAUAUGUUCUGUGGAAACAGAUCAUCCAGCGCAAAGGAGGGACCCUCACAAAAGCCUUGAACAUCAGCUGCCUGGCCAAGGUCACCGAUGGCUUCACCCAGGGACACAUAGUGGAAGUGGUCAAGGACGUGCUCACGGAGCGGCGCAUCCGGCAGCAAUUUCGCAAGCCACUCACCGCCGGGGAGUUCAUCACAGCCAUCACCAGCAUGAGCCCAGUGUACAAAGAGGAGGAAGACUGCUUCAAGGACUGGUAUGACAAGACUCCUCUGGGUAAAAGGAGAGCCUUGUCAUUGACAGGCGGUGGCAAAGAGAAAGAGAAAGAAAAAGAGAAAGGGAAAGGGAAAAAGAAAGGCAAAAAGGAGAAAAAGAAAAAAUAAUGCCUUUCUGAGGAGCCAUCACUCAGCCUCUUUAGGUUAUUGAUGUCCUGAGCCUCCAACAAAGAGAGUUACUUUUGCCCACUGCAGAAACUCCAACUGACCACCAACCACUGACCAAGAACCACUGACCACUGACCACCAGCCACUGACCCCCAACAGCUGCAGCUCAGGUCUUCUUCAGUGGGCAGACACCAAGCCAGGCACCUACAACAAUUGCUUCUACCACAUGUCAUUGUUCCUUAGUUCACCUGCACUGUGCCUAUCACUGAAAUCACUCCUCCACACCUUUAUCAGUACUAGGGUCAAAUUUAAAAAUCUGACAAAGAAUAUUCUCAUUUAACAACUAGUAAGCUGGGAGUGUGUGGUGAGUUGUUUG